AUGAAAAUGUGCAACAAGUCACCUAGAGGACGAGUGAAUGACAGGCGAAGGCGGAAAGGCAACCAGAACCAACGCUUGAACGGCGACAGCUGUCCGCUCGGCUGUGGACUGUGGUGGCAGACCAAUCCGGCAGGCCGGCCAUCCGGCCGGAAGUCUUCGCUGUCCUCGUACCUCGCCGGCAACUUCGAUUUCGCAUCAACGAACGGUCCUCACAUUCGUCGACAGUCAGCGAGAAACGGGCUGAUUGGCCGGUCUGCCUACCAGCUUUGCAGAACGCCCGGCCGGAACUGA